AUGCUUUGGCAACCCGGAGGCAUCUCGAACAUGUUUUUGCUUGAGAGGGCAAUUGCGCGUGCCUCUCUUCAUCCUCACCCUCCUCUGCACGUGCUCUGCUUUGCUGCCGGCACACGUUUGUGCCUUCUGGCAGCAGCUACUCAAAGCAGGAGGAUUCCAGCAGUUCCUAACACAGAGUUUCAAAAACUCUUUGAACUUCCUGAGUGUUAUAGGCUGAAUUGUGUCACCCUAAAAUUCAUGGUCUUCAACAGUCCUACCCCCACAUUCCUUCAGAAAGUGACUGCAUUUGGAGAUACGGUCUUUAAAGAGCACCAGCGUCCAGCUGCAGGCAGUGACAAGCUUCUCUGCACCUGGGCCCUGCUUCAUGUCCACCUGCUGGCCGCCGGCUUCAGCUACAGACCAUCAGCACUCCCCACAUGCGGAGGCCCCACUAUACAUCCUAUGAUGCUAUCAGACACUCGGACAGAAUUGGACUGGCAUAGGACUUGGCAUGGUGCAUUUUCAAAGCCUCCCGGGCGUUCUAAUGUGCAGCCAGGGUUAAAAACCACUGAGGAAAUCUGGAUCCUUCCUAAGCCUAAUCCUUCCCAUGUGAAGAUGUUUUACCUCCCUCCUCCCACUGCCACUGAGUCAGAUUCUAAGGCCAAAAGGAACUGCAGAGGCUGUCUGGUUCAACCUCUAACCCCACAGCUUCGAGAAUCUCUACAAAUACAAGCAUUACUGCACAAGAGCUGCCUUGCGGUUCAUUCAACUCAAUACCAUCCUGGGAAGAGCCCUUCUGGAAAGUACUCCCCAAAUUGGUCCCCUCCCAGAUUCCCUGUCUUAGAAUAUGACACCAAAUUCGCCCAGUUGCAAAAGUGCAAUUUGGAUCUCUCUAUUAGUAGGGAACACCAACAUUUUGGUCCUGCCAACAUCAGAGCAAGCUAUUCUCAGUUGGUGGUGGACUCUCUGGAGAACCAGCCCCAUGGCCAACAGUGGCCUCAAGGUGGCAUCCAAGUUCCUAUACUACCUAGCAAAGCAGGGAGGGAUGAAGAAUGGGGCCACGGGCCACCAGGCAAGCCACCCAUUUUCCUGCAGCUGUGGGGCAACACUUGUCAAAGAGUGACUGUGAGGGGCAGAGCCUCCGACGACUACAUUGAACUCAUCAGGUUUGAGGUCAUUUGGUACUGCAGCACAGCCUUGGCAGGCACAGAAAUUGGUGCCACAGGGAAGAAGGGAGCUCGGAGAUUUGGUUGGCUUUCAGAAAAGGAUGAAAGAGAACAGAGUCCGCAAAUUCAGGGAUCUGUACAGUACAGGAGGCAACCGCCUCUCAACCCCAAGAGUAAAAGGCUGCAGACAGGUAUGCGGGGUGCCUUUGGAACGCCCCAGGGCACAGUGGCCAGGGUCCACAUUGGCCAAGUCAUCAUGUCCAUCCGUACCAAGCUGCAGAACAAGGAGCAUGUGAUUGAGGCCCUAUGCAGGGCCAAGUUCAAGUUCCCUGGCCGCCAGAAGAUCCGUAUCUCCAAGAAGUGGGGCUUCACUAAGUUUAAUGCAGACGAAUUUGAAGACAUGGUGGCUGAAAAGUGGCUCAUCCCAGAUGGCUGUGGGGUCAAAUACAUCCCUAAUCAUGGCCCCUUGGACAAAUGGAGGGCUCUGCACUCAUGA